AUGGGCGGCGCGCCGGGCGGACGGCGGCGACCGCCGCAGAAAACCUUCGCGGGGUACAGGGAGGGCGACGAGCUCGCGACGACGGGGAGCGGCGCGAGCGCCAGAGCGGCGCCGCUCGGCGCGGGCGCGACGACGGGACGGCGACGGAGGUCGCACCCGUGGUUGGACUACCCGCCGGACUUCGAACGAAAGGUCGGGGCCGCGCUGGGGGGGCUGGCGAGGGCGCCGGCGCUGCUGCUCUCGCCGCUGCCGCCGGCGGUGCGGUUUUCGUUGGCUCGUAAUUUUGGGUUCGUGACGAAGACGUUCACGCAGUUUUUCGAUAAGGAUGGCGUGCAGUCGGUGCAGGAGUCGAUCGGGUUGGGGUCGAAGUGA